AUCAGCAAAUCGUCCCCCGCCGCCGCCGCCCGGUUUCUCCUCCCCUCGCCCCUCCGGUGCUCCCCUUCCUCACGCCGCCACAACUGCAAAAAUCUCCAAGCACUACCUCACCUUCCCUCGUCACCGCCUCCGUCCGAUCCGCCCCUCGCUCCUCCGGAAUCGUCGGGUAGGGGUGGUUGGUUGGUGGAGGAGGAAGAGGAAGACGAUGCCGCUGGGACUGAUUCUGAGCUCGCUCGGUAGGUCGAUGCGGCGGAAGCGGCUGUCCUCGCUCGACAUCCUCUCCUCCAAGAGGGCGCCUCGGGAUUACUACAAGGGGAAGAACUGCAAGCCCACCGGGUUUCACACCCGCAAAGGUGGAUAUGUCAUGGUGGAUGAGAAGCUGCCAAGAUUUGUGGUCCCUGACUUGACUGAUUUCAAGUUGAAGCCAUACGUAUCACAAUGUGCCAGGGACAUCACGGGGUCAUCGACAUCCUCCACUUCAGCAGAAACUAAAACUAGUGAAGACAAGAAGUGAUCUGUAUGGAAUUGCUUAGUCAUUGUUUGUGUUUUGCAAGAACGCAGAGCAGCUUUUCAGUUAUGCUUUUCUUACGGCAAAAACAAGAACUGAUCUUAGUGCAUGUAGCAUUAGCACCUGCAGGCUGCAGCAUGUUGACUAUCACUUAGCUACAUCUUUUCUCUAAGAGAUCUUGACAAUGGAGCAUAUAUUAUCCGAAUUCGGUUACAUGUUAGCUGUUUUCUGGCUC